GCCCAAGGCCCGGCGACAACCCCAGUUUUGCGAUUCAUGCUAUUCGCUUUCAAGCUUUCCAACCUCCUGUGCGCAAGCAUCUUUUCAGAUUUGCAUUUUGGGAUGGCGCGCCUUGUCGCGCCGGCACCGGAGGUCGUUGCGGAGAAGGGCCUCGACCGCUCCCUUGGCGCCCUAUUGACAUGGGCUGGUGUGGAGGAGGAGGAGUCCGUUGCCAACCUCGCGCGGGCCUUUGGCUUCCCAGCGGAAGCGGUUGUCCUCGCGAACAUCCACCCCCGCAUCUUCGCGGCGGCGUCGGAGGCGAUGGUCACGACCAUCUUGGACGGCAUGGAGGGCAGCUUCUUUACCAAGGCCGCCAUCAAGGUCGCCCACGACACGGCGAUCACGUCGUGCACCGUGCAGCGGGAGCCACCGCAGCCACCAGCGACUCUUGCUGCGGUGCUGGCGAUCAAGACGUCGCACGUUGCCGACUCGAUCGACGAGACGGAGGUGCCGAGUCCGGACCCGUCGGACAUCGAGCAGUGGUUCCGCAAUUGCGAGAGCAUCAAACGGGGCCCCCCGCUCCAGGACAAGGAGCCGACCCCGGACCAGAUCGCGGUUAUGCAUGCCCGCGUCGUCGUCCUCAAGAUGGAGCACUACGCGGACUUUUCGGUGCUCACGCCGAACGGUCGGCAGAUGGCGAAACGCCUCCGUCACCGGAGCUGGGUCCUGCAGGAGGACGGCACGUACCAGCCGUUCGACGCACCGGGCCAGGGCUCCCUUACGGCAUGGGAGUCUUGCUACGCAGUUUGGGAGGUCAUCAUGUUCAUGUUGCGCUUCCCUCCGGCCGCGCCGGGCGGCGACCCCCAGGAGGUCCUCACGCCGAUCGCUUCCGAAACCUACUUGGAGGCCUUCCGCGAGCUCUGCAAGGAACACCCAGAGUGCUGGCACCUCUGCCAGCUCGCGGUGGACCGCUGCCGCGCGGAGCAUCUGCCGCGAGUUGCGCGCCAAAUGCGCGAGAGGCUGGGCCGCCAGGUCACGUGGUCGGAGGCCCUCAUCGCUUGCGCCCGCGACGACGGGUACUGGGACCGACACGUUCGACGACCUGCGAUCGGCUACCUCGCGAGGGGCUUGAAACGCAAGGCCGACGAGGUGGAGGACGGCGCGGGCCAGGCCGGGGUAGCGUCGCAGCAGUCGCGCGGCAAGAGGCGCAAGGUCUCCUUCUACGCGGACUGCGGGUCCUUCGCCGCGGCAGAGAUCAAGCGCAUCGCGGACAAGGGCUUCGUCGAGCUCUUCACCUCGUUGGAGGACGUCGUCGCGCGCUGGUCGAAGGCCGUCGCCAGCAAGGUGGCGCUCCUCACGAAGGUCAGGGACGACGGCACCACGAAGGUCAGGCUCAUCAUCGAUCUCCGACGCUCGGGGGGGAACGGCUUCGUCGACCUCCCAGAGCGCGUGGUUUUGCCGCGUCUGUCGGACCUCGUCGACGGCAUCGUCGACCUCAUGGCCGUGGACGACCAGACCGCGGACGUGGGCUACGAGGUCUGCGUUAUGGUCUUCGAGGAUGCGUUCCACAUGCUAGCGAUCCGCGAGGAGGACCGUGGCGCCAUGGCCGUCCGCACCUUGGAGGGCUGGGCCGUCUUCAGGCGCCUCUGCUGCGGCAUAGCUGCGGCCCCUCUUGUCUGGUGCCGGGUUGGCGCAGCCGCGGCCCGCCUUGGUUUCCGCCCAGAGGAGCUCCGAAUCCAGGUGUUCGUCGACGACCCGGCCAUUGCCACGAGGGGGGCUCCAGCGACCCGGGCUUGGCUCACGGGCGCGCUGUUGCUGCUGUGGAACGUCUUGGGGCUCAAAUUUAAGUGGCUGAAGGCCCGCAGAGGGCAGGCGGUGCCGUGGAUCGGCGCCCAGGUCUCCCUCGAGCAGCGCGCGAGGCGCUGGGGCGUCCUCGACACCCUGGCCCUGCAGAAGGUUGCAGAGAUGCGCAGCAGCGCCGAGAGGCUGCGCGAGGCCACGGGCAUGGUCAACAUCAAGGCCGUCCAGCAGCUCGCCGGACAGCUGUCCUGGGCCAGCGGCUUGAUCCGAUCGUUCAACUCUGCUCUAUGGGGUGUGAUCGCCGCGCAUGUCGCAGAGCAUGCGGCUGCGAAGUUCUCCGCGAAGAAACGGCCCACGCAGCUUUUCUUCAUCGUGCGCGUGAGGCAGGCCAUCGAGUGGGUCAGGCUGCUGCUCGCUGGCAUCGUCGGCACGCCGCAGGGCAACCUCGCCGUGCAGAGAUUGGCGGACGUUGCGUCCAGGAGCGCAGCGAUGCGCAUGCGCGUGCGCACGGACGCUUCUCCUUUCGGUUUCGGCGGGAUUUUGUUCUGCCGAGACUGGCCGGCUGCUUGGAUUUCUGGGGAGUGGAGCGCAGAAGAUUUAGCCUUGUUCAGCGCCGCGCGCGGGGGCCCCGCGUGGCAGGCCGAGUGGGAGCUGUGCGCGGCGCUCCCGGCCGUGGACACGUGGUUGCCCCGUCUGCGCGGCCAGACCUUGUGUCUGUUCCAGCUGGGCGCCACGGCGGCGCUGCGCGCCCUUUUGAGGGCCGCGGGGGGGGCCCCUGCGAUGAACGCCGUGGCGGCGGAGAUCGCGCUGAGGCUGGAGUGCGCGGGCGUGCAGGUUGUCCCCGAGCACCUCGCUGGCAUGUUCGAUUUCGAGUGCGACGCGCUCAGCCGAAUCGGAGAAGGCGCCGAAAUGCCAGGCAGCUUGCUCCGCCCCGCCCAGUGCAUGUGGGCCGGGCGCCUGCGGCGUGAUGGGGGCGCCGCAUUUGUCGCGCUCGGCCCGGCCCUCAGAGCCGCCGCGCUCAAGGGCAAGGGCAAGGGCAAGCAGCACGGCGGGGAGAACGGGGCGCGCGCGCCCGAGCUGAGCGAAGCCCCCCUCAGGGGAGAGGCGGAGGUGGCCACCAGGGGGGUCAUCUUCGUCUUCGCCGGGGUCUGGGGCGACUGCCGCAAUUGGAGGCGCGGCCGGGUGCUCUCCGGCAGCAGCGUGGACGGGGCCUGCGCCCGGCACGCCCGCUGGGCGGAAGUCCGCGAAGCAGCGCGCGGAUCUGCCGGACUCGCGGCCAGUCAAACGGGCAUGCAGAUCCGCAGUCACCCGGGCGGUGGCUUCCGACGAGAUCGAGAGGCCGUCGUCGCCGGGCUCGUCGAGGACAUAGGCGCUUCAAGCAGCCGAGCGUCCACCGGCUCUUUAUGGGCUACAUGGGCGGAGUUCCACCAGGCCAUGUUUGGCCUGGACUUGGACCCUCUGCCACUCACUGUAGAUCAGGUGUUCGCCGUGUCCGCCUGCUUCAUGGAGGGGGGCUACGAGGGCUUCAAGGGCUACUUGUCCAGGGCCCGCGAGAUGCACGUCCUCGCAAGGCGCGCCUGGUGUGCCCAACUCGACCUCGCCUUCCGGAAGUCCGCCUUGUCCGCCCUGCGCGGUGCCGGCGUUGCUCGGCAAUCCGCGCCCUUUGAUCUUAUCCUGGCCUUGGAUGUGGUUGGGCGUGGUGAGCAGCAGCCGGGGCCAGGUGCCCCCGUGGGUUGGGCCAACUUCCUCGUUAUCGCCACUUACUUUGUCAUGCGUGAGAUCGAGGUUGCCGCGCCCCGUGCUGCCCGCGUCACAUGGAACGAGGAGGGGCGCAGUAUAUCCAUGCGUCUGCCGGUGUCCACAGUUGAUCCCCGAGCCGUAGGGUGCGCCAGGACGUGGGCUUGCCUCUGCAGGGAGGGGCGUCGGCGACCUGACUGCCCCUACCACGCCGCUGUGCGCCAGAUCGACCUCCUCAAGGGCACGUUCGGGGCGCCCUGGCCGCCAGAUUGCCCGCUCUUCCCGACCUCCUGUGGUGACGCAUGCCUCGAGGUUGGUAUCGUGGAUUCGCUCGAGCGGACCCUCGUCGCAGCGAACAUCGGCGUCGCUUCUGACGCCGGCGCCGAGCUGUGCGGCGGACACUCUUUCAGAGUCACUGGCGCUCAGAGGUUGUCUUCGCUCGGCGUCGAGAUUUCGAAGAUCAUGGUGCUUGCGAGGUGGCCGAGCGACGCAGUGUCACGCUACGUUGGCGAGGCGCCCCUCGACCGCCUCCCCGCAGAGGUCGCCGCUCUGGAGGCGCGGCGCGACCAUCUCAAGAUCGCCGGGCGCAUGCGCGAGGAGCUCCGGGGCCUUUCCGCGCGACUGGAGUCGCACGCCGCGGCCGCUGACGGCAGAGAGCAAGCGCUUCGGCGCGAGCUCGCCUCGUCCCUCGACCAUCUUCAGGAGUAG